AUGUUCUACACAAUCUCUUAUACAAAUAACUCUGCGGAUGCCGAAAGUGUGUCCAAGAUGGCAAGCAAUCAUACCUUUGGCGAAUAUCGGCAAUCAAGGCUUGCAUGCAUCGAAUGCCGUGCUCGAAAGGUCAAAUGUUCGGGAGAAACCACAGGCUGUCAGAGAUGUCAGGGAACUGGAGUUACAUGCGUGUUUCCAGAGAGAUCCAAACGCGGCGCCAAGAGGCAUAAGAAUUCUGCUCCAACCGAAUGUCAUGACCGUCGAAAAAGCAUCCCAAUCAAUGAAACGGGCCCCAACAAUGGAGAGAACGACAUCUCGUCUGCUUCUGCGUCUAAUCGCGAUACGCAUCCUUUUGCUACGACUGGCCUGAGUUCAGGAUUAUCGCCCUCUUUAGACUUUAGUCCUUCAGACUUUUCAUUACACUGCGCCAGUUUGGGCGACAAUUUUACUCUGGACUUUGAUCAAUUGAACUCUACCCUUGGCGACCUCAGCAGUAUUACUUCGACCAGCAGCAUCUCUCCUUCACAGAGUCAACAAUCAUGUAUACCGCCGCGCAAUACUCACAGAACCGCAGAAACCUUGUGUCAGGAGGAUGGCUCUUCAAUAAACGACGGAGACCUCUGUGCAUGCGCCCAAUCUGCACUACACAUGCUAGAGGAGCUGGAGCUCCAAUACCACAACAAAAUGGAGGUGUCUAGCGACGGUGUGCUGGGAUAUCAGAAGAUUGCUUUGGCACGGCUCAAUUCCUGGCUCUCUUGCGAUCAUAGCCAAACGCCUCGGGCCACGACCAAGCUGAUAGUGCUUGUCAUAGAAGGCCUCUCACUCUAUCUGGAACGAGGCGUAGCAGGCUGCAUCCGACAGAUACGGCAGGAAGUUGAGGACGAAAGCUCAUACGCAGCGAGGCUAUGCAACGUUGGAGACUAUCACGUUGAGUCGAAACAUGAGUGGGCACAUAUCCUACGAGUGUCAUUGUUGGUACGAUGCAGGGAGCUCCUGGCCGCGGUGGCACGACUCAAGAAACACGACAUCAAUGACGUGCUUCUGCCUGCGGUGGAGCAGAGGUUAUCAAACAUCAUACAAGAGCUGAAAGGAUGGGAAGAUUAUCUAUAG